CGGCGCGGCGAGCGCUGCCCGCGGCCCCCGCGCGGCCCUCCCCACAAAGGGCCGCGGAGCUGCGUGGCCGCCGCCGCCGGCCGCGGCUCGCCUCCGCGGGCGCGGAAAUUUGUUGCACUUCUUGGGGCUUUGUUUGUUUGUUUUGCCUCUGAUUUUUUUUUUUCGUUAUUUUGGACAAAAUGUCGGUGCGUGAUGUAAAAAUUGAGCGAGGAACCUUGAUGGCAUUGGGAGCUUUGCAGAAGUUUUCCAAGAAAUAACUUCACCAAGAUGUCCAGUGAUAGGCAAAGGUCCGAUGAUGAGAGCCCCAGCACCAGCAGUGGUAGUUCAGAUGCGGACCAGCGAGACCCAGCCGCUCCAGAGCCUGAAGAACAAGAAGAAAGAAAACCUUCUGCCACCCAGCAGAAGAAAAACACCAAACUCUCUAGCAAAACCACUGCUAAGUUAUCCACUAGUGCUAAAAGAAUUCAGAAGGAGCUAGCUGAAAUAACUCUCGAUCCUCCUCCUAACUGCAGUGCUGGGCCUAAAGGAGAUAACAUUUAUGAAUGGAGAUCGACUAUACUUGGUCCACCAGGUUCUGUAUAUGAAGGUGGUGUGUUUUUUCUGGAUAUCACUUUUUCAUCCGAUUAUCCAUUUAAGCCACCAAAGGUUACUUUCCGCACCAGAAUCUAUCACUGCAACAUCAACAGUCAGGGAGUCAUCUGUCUGGACAUCCUUAAAGACAACUGGAGUCCUGCUUUGACUAUUUCAAAGGUUUUGCUGUCGAUUUGUUCGCUUUUGACAGAUUGCAACCCUGCGGAUCCUCUGGUUGGAAGCAUAGCCACUCAGUAUUUGACCAACAGAGCAGAACAUGACAGGAUAGCCAGACAGUGGACCAAGAGAUACGCCACAUAAUUCACAUAAUUUGUAUGCAGUGUGAAGGAGCAGAGGGCCUCUUCUCACUGUGCUGCAAAUCUUUAUAGCCUUUACAAUACGGACUUCUGUGUAUAUGUUAUACUGAUUCUACUCUCUGCUUUUAUCCUUUGGAGACUGGGAGCCUCCCCAAAAAGGUAAAUGCUAUCAAGAGUAGAACUUUGUAGCUGUAGAUUAGUUAUGUUUAAAACGCCUACUUGCAAGUCUUGCUUCUUUGGGAUAUCAAAAUGUAUUUUGUGAUGUACUAAGGAUACUGGUCCUGAAGUCUACCAAAUAUUAUAGUGCAUUUUAGCCUAAUUCAUUAUCUGUAUGAAGUUAUAAAAGUAGCCGUAGAUGACUAGGAAUUACGUCAUUUGUAUUAAACCCAGAUCUAUUUCUGAGUAUGUGGUUCAUGCUGUUGUGAAAAAUGUUUUACCUUUUACCUUUGUCAGUUUGUAAUGAGAGGAUUUCCUUUUACCCUUUGUAGCUCAGAGAGCACCUGAUGUAUCAUCUCAAACACAAUAAACAUGCUCCUGAAGGCAUAGUUUCCUGUCGUAAUAUUUUAAGUCAAUCUUGUUAGAAGGUGUGUCUGAGAUGAUUGUUGAUGAAAUAAAAAUGCGGAUAUGAAGAUUGACUACUAAGGACCAGUACAAAUAAAUGAAUUGUUAAAUUGAAAACA